CUUUCCCAUCUAUAAGUUUAUAAGCUAAGCUUUAAUUAAGAGAGAAGAGUCACAGCCAUGAUAAUACUCCCUCACAGCUGCUUUUCCUUUGGUUCUUAAUGUUAUUAUUGCUGCUUUCUUCACAGCAACUGAGCUUUGGAAUCAUGGCUGUGAUUUUGAAUGAGUUUGAAACCAGUUCGGAGGGUACUGCGCACAGCGAAGAACAAGACAGUGCCAGCUGGGAGUGGUACUUGGAAAGGAGAAGCCUUGUGCUGCAGUUCCUGAACUCCAAGCUGAGCCUCCACCACCUUCAGCACCACCAGAGCAAAGUUGAGCUUCUGAAGAAGUGUUACUUUUACUUGGAGAUUGAGCCCAAACACGUGAACGUGAGAGACCAGAACCACGUGAUGCAUCGCACUGACAUCUUGCAACUAAUAGACACCUACCAAUUCCAGAGGAUGAAGAAGGUGGGAAAAACCCAGACUGAAAUCCAGCUGUCACUUUUAACUGAGCUGUUAGAACAGCUGGAACGAGGUCAGGAGGAGCUGAGCUGUUACGUAGAGACCUCUGACAUGAUAACUUUCCUCUCCUUGUGGGACUUGAUUAUGCAGAGACUGUCCAAACUCUCCGAGUUUAUGGAAACUCUCCUUUCCUUGCAAGUGCCAGGAAAGCUCUAUGUCAAGCAUCGUUUGGUGUCACAUGCAGAUCUUAGAGGUACUAGACUUCCCAACAUUAGGCUUUCUCUCUGUACAAAGAUACCACCGAUUUUUGAUCGAGAAGAAUCAUUUGCACACAAGAACUGGGCCAAGCUCAAGUGGUUUACCGAAAAUCAAGAGCCACACCUCGAACAAUAUGAACUGCACGUUAAGUUACUGACAAAUGGGAGACAGACAGAAGUGGGAUACGGUAGGACUCAGGCAGUCACCUCCAACACAUGUGUAGUCCAGGACCUGCACCCUGGCAGAUCAUACGAAUUCACAAUUAGAAGAUCACACACUGACACACUUGUCUGUGAGAGAUGGUACGACAGCAUUACGCUGAAGACAAAAACUAACGCUGUUGAAGACACAGACGGCAGUGCUUGUGCACCAGAAGGAUGAGGUGGCACACAAGAACAUUUUUCUCAUUUUAUCCAUUUGAAAAAGAUGAAUGAGAAAAAUUAAAGGUAAACAUUAUUUUCAAACAUUUUGUGUAAAACUGAACUCAUUCUGUUUUCAACAACAAUUUUACAAGCGCCUUCCCCAAAUCUUUCCAGGUUAACAGUAACCCAUUCCAAACUUCUCACUCAAAACAACAUCCUUAGGCAGCAUUCGGGACUCAACACUCACUUCCCAC